GAAGAUCUUUGUCAUUGUCACUGCUAGGUCGAGUACAGUGCGCAUUGGAUAUACUGAACUUGCAUAUUUUUUUACUUUCUUUUUAUAUGAUUUUGAUUGUGUGUUGCGACAUUGUUAUUAUUGCGGGCUUUUGACAUUUUUCGGUAGCAGUAAAAAUAAAAAGUGUUUCACGACGUGUAGUCUUCUGCAUCGUGUGUUUUAGAACUGCGCUGUGUAGAAGUAUUCUGCUGGAUUUUUAUAAAGACUAAUUCUUUUCACAUGACAUUUUACUGGUUUUAAUGUGUAUCUGCCGCUGAAGCUGAAUAAAAGUUUAGUGAAUACCAUGAGUAUAGAAAGUGCUUCGAAAUACGUGUUAACUUUUAGUUUUUUACUGCUAUUCAGCUGUGGUAUAACGGCAGAAUGGAAUACACAGGACUAUAUGAAGAGAGAACAUUCUCUUAUAAAACCUUACCAAGGUUCUGGAAUGACUAUACCUUACUGGGAUUUUUCGGGCAAUACUAUGGUUACGAAUAACUAUGUCAGGCUAACACCAGAUCAGCAGAGCAAGCAGGGAUUAUUAUGGAACACUGUGCCUUGUCAUGUUCGUAACUGGGAGCUGCAAAUUCAGUUCAAAGUGCAUGGAAAGGGGAAGGAGCUGUAUGGAGAUGGUUUAGCAAUCUGGUAUGCCAAACAUCGUAUGACCCCAGGACCAGUGUUUGGCAACAUGGAUUACCAUGAAGGCUUAGCUGUAAUACUGGACACUUACAGCAAUCACAAUGGCCCUCACAAUCAUCAGCACCCAUAUAUUUCUGCAAUGGUAAACAAUGGCUCCCUGCAUUAUGACCAUGAUAGGGAUGGUACACACACGCAGUUGGCUGGAUGUGAAGCUAAGUUUCGCAAUGUUGAACAUGAUACACACAUUGCUAUUCGUUAUGAGAAUGAUGUCUUAACAGUGUCGACAGAUUUUGAGAACAAAGCUGCUUGGAAGGAAUGUUUAUCUGUGAAGGGAGUCAGACUACCAACUGGGUACUACUUUGGUAUGACUGCUGCUACAGGCGACCUCAGUGAUAACCACGACAUCCUGUCAGUUCGUCUUUAUGAACUUGAUAUGCCAAGCGAUCCAAAAGACGAGGAAGAUCGGUCACAAAUUUCUCCUUCAGCAGCAUUUUUUGAGCCACCAAGAGAUCAUGUAGAGGAUCCAAAGCCAUCAUCACUCAGUGGUUUAAAGAUCUUCAUUUUAAUGCUGCUGGGAACACUGGCAGUUAUUGCUUUUAUUGUCAUUGGAAUUAUGUUCUAUCAAAAGCACCAAGAAAACAGCCGGAAGAGAUUUUACUAAGUUUAAUAUGUCUUGUGCCAUUUUGAUGUUACAAGGAGAAAUCGUUUGAAGACUGAAACAUCUCAUCUCUUUGACUCUCAGUUGCAUUAAUUUUACAGUGUUACAAAAUUGGGUUCGUUUCAUCAGUUUCCUGCAUGUAACUAGUGUUAUUUUAUAUAAGAAAUUGUUUCUUCAGUCAUUGUUAUGUACAGUGUAUUUCAUUAAUCAUCCUUCAUUUGUGUUUCAUGUUUUGCAUUGCUGUGAUAUAGCCGUAAGAAUACAAGUAUACUGUGAACACGUCUGUGACAUUGUGACUAAACCAAAUUAAAGCCACUCAGUUAAUAGCCAUAAUGAUCAUGGUUGAGACCUAUUUGUUGUGUUUUGUUAAGAUAAUUAGGAAUGAAGUUCCUAAUCAUCUGAUUCGGUUUAAUAAUAACAGCAACACCAUAUUCAGGUACGAAAAUAUUUUAAGUUAGUAGAGACAUUUGCGUACAUUUUUGCCUGUAAAAAGAGCAGUUUGUGAAUGUUAAAAGUAUAAAUGAAUUCCUGAUUUUUGUUUAA